AUGAGGUCCAUGGGCAGCUCCGACUCAUCCUCCGGCUCGGCGCAAAAAGCAGCGCGGCAUCAGCAUGAGCCGCCGCCUCCGCGGCAGCGGGGCUCGGCGCCGGAGCUCCCACCGGGCUUCCGGUUCCACCCGACGGACGAGGAGCUGGUCGUGCACUACCUCAAGAAGAAGGCCGCCAAGGUGCCGCUCCCCGUCACCAUCAUCGCCGAGGUGGAUCUCUACAAGUUCGACCCAUGGGAGCUCCCCGAGAAGGCGACCUUCGGGGAGCAGGAGUGGUACUUCUUCAGCCCGCGCGACCGCAAGUACCCCAACGGCGCGCGGCCGAACCGGGCGGCGACGUCGGGCUACUGGAAGGCCACCGGCACGGACAAACCUAUCCUGGCCUCGGGGACGGGGUGCGGCCUGGUCCGGGAGAAGCUCGGCGUCAAGAAGGCGCUCGUCUUCUACCGCGGGAAGCCGCCCAAGGGCCUCAAAACCAACUGGAUCAUGCACGAGUACCGCCUCACCGACGCGUCUGGCUCCACCACCACCAGCCGGCCGCCGCCGCCUGUGACCGGCGGGAGCCGGGCUGCAGCCUCUCUGAGGGUACGUACACGUGUCGAUCGCACGUUGGACGACUGGGUGCUGUGCCGCAUCUACAAGAAGAUCAACAAGGCCGCGGCCGGAGAUCAGCAGAGGAGCACGGAGUGCGAGGACUCCGUGGAGGACGCGGUCACCGCGUACCCGCUCUAUGCCACGGCGGGCAUGGCCGGUGCAGGUGCGCAUGGCAGCAACUACGCUUCACCUUCACUGCUCCAUCAUCAGGACAGCCAUUUCCUGGAGGGCCUGUUCACAGCAGACGACGCCGGCCUCUCGGCGGGCGCCACCUCGCUGAGCCACCUGGCCGCGGCGGCGAGGGCGAGCCCGGCUCCGACCAAACAGUUUCUCGCCCCGUCGUCUUCAACCCCGUUCAACUGGCUCGAUGCGUCACCCGCCGGCAUCCUGCCACAGGCAAGGAAUUUCCCUGGGUUUAACAGGAGCAGAAACGUCGGCAAUAUGUCGCUGUCAUCGACGGCCGACAUGGCUGGCGCGGCCGGCAAUGCGGUGAACGCCAUGUCCGCAUUUAUGAAUCCUCUCCCCGUGCAAGACGGGACGUACCAUCAACACCAUGUCAUCCUCGGCGCCCCACUGGCGCCAGAGGCUACCACAGGCGGCGCCACCUCUGGUUUCCAGCAUCCCGUCCAAGUAUCCGGCGUGAACUGGAAUCCCUGA